AUGCCUUCCAACAACUCCUCCACCUCGGGCUCUGGCUCCGGCUCCAUUUCAAGCUCCAGCACUGGUAGCGGCUCCUACGAAGUUACCUCGAGCGGCACCAACGAUCAGGGAAACCACUACUGCUCCCGCGACUACGGCUCAGGUGCUUCCAACGACAACUCCUACCAUUACUCCAACAGUGAUGGCUCGUAUUAUUACAGCAACCCCAAUGGCUCGACCUACUACAACUCUGGUUCUGGCUACUCCAACUACACUCCUCAGGGCAAGUGA